GAAGCACUUCAAGCCUAAGUAAAAUGUCAGCUAGUGGGGAAGCGGGAAGGUCUCUGAUUCUCUUUCGCUCUUUAUCUUUCACUGUGAACAAAACGAUCCUCUCCUUCAAGGCUAAGCAAUAAUCAAAGAUAUAAAAAGCAAUCUAGGCAGAUGGAUCGAGCUGAACUAGCAAGAACAAAUUGAUAGCACGCAGAAGGAAGAAACAGUAGUACAUAGGAAUUAUUUAGAUAAUGGACAAGGAGAGUAGGAAGCCAAAGAAAGAAGUUGGAGGUAGGAGCUUGAUUGAUUUGGUCUUCUCUUGGUCUAUUAGAGAUGUUCUCAAUAAAGAUCAUUACAAAAACCAGGUAACUACGAUUCCUGAGACGUUCUCGACUGUAACGAGUUACAUGAAAGCAUUUGUUCCUUCGCUUCUUGAGGAAACACAUGAUGAAUUACGCUCAAGCAUGAUGUCCCUGUCGCGGGCACCAACUUGUGAAAUUCUAACAGUUGAAACUUCCAAGGAUCAUAAACCUCCCAAAGACUUGUUUUACCAAAUUACAUAUAAGAGGAGACAAGGAGAAGAUUAUGUAGGAGCAUAUGAGCCAGAUGUUGGUGAUAUCAUUGCCUUGACCAAUGUGAGACCAAAAUACAUUGAUGAUUUGAAUAGAUCCAGAAAUUCUUAUCUUAUUGCUUAUGUUAUUGGAUCACAACAUGGAAGUUCUGAUAAGCUUCCGAUACUCGCAUCAAAGUCUAUCAAUGGAGGAGGAGAGUCAGGAAACAAAAAGAUGAAGAGCAAGAGUGAUACACUUUUUGCUGUUUACCUCAUGAACAUGACAACAAACGUACGUGUAUGGAAAGCUCUGAACUCAGAAUUAGGCUCAAACACAAAUCUGUUUAAGAAGGUUCUGCAAGUUCAACCACCAAAUUCAUCACAUGGUCAGAAUUCUUGCACAAUUUGUUUUUCCAAUUAUAACGGCUGCCCUGAGCUUUCUACUAGAUGGCCCACAAUGUGUUCUGAUCUAAAUGAUUCCCAAGAGGCUGCAGUUUUGAACUGUAUCAGUUUGAGUAAGUGCCAUCACCAGAAUACGGUCAGGCUAAUAUGGGGUCCUCCAGGGACUGGAAAAACAAAAACAAUUGGUCUGUCACUAUUUGCUCUAUUUCAGUUAAAGUGCAGAACACUGACAUGUACUCCCACCAAUAUUGCCAUCGUAGAAGUGACAACACGGCUCCUGAGAUUGGUUAACCAGUCAUUGGAUUAUGGCAAGUAUGGACUUGGAGAUAUAAUUCUAUUUGGGAAUAGGAGGAGAUUGAAGAUUGAUAAUUAUGAUGACCUUCUUGAGGUAUUUCUUGAUCAUCGUGCUAAAAUUCUGUCCAAAUGUUUUGCCCCGUUGUCUGGUUGGAAACAUUGGCUAGAGUCAAUGAUAGACUUACUUGAGGAUCCAAACAAACAAUACUCAUUGUAUUUGCAAUCAAGAAGGAAAAGAUACAAUUAUAAACAUGAAGAUUCUGAUGAUGAAAAUGAUAUUCUAACGUUUGAGCAGUUUGUGAAGGAGAGACAGUACUCACUGUAUUUGAAAAAGAGAAGGGAAAAAUACAAUAAAGACAGUGAUAAUAGGAGCUCAUCAAGUGAUGAUCACAAUGGUUUUUUGACACUUGAGGAGUUUGUGAAGGAGAAACAGUAUUCUCAGUCUUUGAAAAAGGGAAAGGAAAGAUGCGACAAUGACGGUGAAGAUACUGAUAACACAACCUCAUCAAGUGAUGAUGGAACUGAUGUUUUGACGUUUGAGGAGUUUGUGAAGGAGAAACAGAAUUACAUUGGUGAGAAUCUGAAGCUGUGUAUGGUAAAUUUGUACACUCACUUGCCAACUUCUUGCAUUUCAUUAAAGGAGGUGAAGGACAUGAUUAGAGCUAUUAAUUUUCUCGAGUCAAUUAAAUCUUUACUGUGUCAGGGGGUUGGCAUUACUAGUGAAGGGUUCCAAUUGGUCCUGAACAGUUGUGUUCAUGUACUGAAAUCACUUCGUGCAUUUUCUGUUCCAACUUCUAAUGAUAGUCAGACACUAAGGAACUUGUGUUUGGAAAAUGCUUGCUUAAUAUUUUGUACUGCAUCAAGCUCUGCAAAAUUGUACACGGAAGGAAUCAAACCACUGGAACUUUUAUUCAUUGAUGAAGCUGCUCAGCUUAAAGAAUGUGAAUCAGCAAUCCCUUUACAACUACCUGGCCUUCGGCAUGCUAUUCUCAUAGGAGAUGAGAGGCAACUUCCUGCUAUGGUUAAAAGCAAGAUUGCUGAGAAUGCUGGUUUUGGAAGAAGCUUGUUCGAAAGACUAGUCCUAUUGGGACAUGAGAAGCACCUUCUCAAUGUCCAGUAUCGAAUGCAUCCAUCAAUCAGCUUAUUUCCGAAAAAGGAGUUUUACAAUAAUCGGAUAUUGGAUGGUCCAAAUGUCAAUGAAAGAAGCUAUGAGAAAUGCUUCCUUGAGGGAAAAAUAUUUGGAUCCUACUCCUUCAUAAAUAUAGCUGAUGGAAAAGAAGAACUUGAUCGUGGACACAGUUCGAAAAAUAUGGUUGAGGCUGCUGUUGUCUAUCAGAUAGUUCUUAGCCUUUACGAAGAAUUCACUCGAACAAAGAAGAAGGUUAGUAUUGGGGUAAUAUCACCUUACAAAGCCCAAGUCAAUGCAAUUGGGGAGAGAGUCAGAGAAUACAGUACGGAUCAUUUAGCUGGAACUGGCUUCACUCUAAGUGUGCGGUCUGUUGAUGGAUUCCAAGGUGGUGAAGAGGAUGUGAUAAUCAUCUCCACUGUUAGAUGUAAUGGGAAUGGAUCAAUUGGUUUCCUCUCAAAUCAUCAAAGAACAAAUGUUGUACUAACACGUGUGUAAGUACAAGAUUUUGUACAUGUUAUUUGUUGGCAUUCCCAUACAAAGCUAGUGAAGUAUAUCAUGACAAUUCAUCACUGAAGAAGCUGGAAAAGGGCCUAAUACUGAUCUCAAAUAUGUUACAGGUAAAUGCAUCUCAUGAGUCAACAUAUGCAUUGGGAUUGCAAUAUGUGUUGCAAUCCUUGAGUCAGUCCUAGGUGUUUGUUUUUGGAAAGUAUCUUUCUAUUCUUAAAUUUUAUUAUGCAAAGAUUUUUUUUCACCAGUUAAAAUCGUCCCAUUGAAGACCUAAUUGAUUUAGGUCUGUUUAUUUUAAUUGGCAAUCUUUUGUUAAAAAGAUCUUUCCUAAUAGGAAUCAAUUAGGGUUAGACGCAUUGAUUGUACACGAUUCUUUCUCCAUAUAAUUCUGAAAAUAUGGUCUAGGUUUAGAGAGCUUUUAAUUUGCAUAUCAUAUCAAUUUGCAUGUGAUUGAUGCAUAUAUUGUGGGUCUAAACUCUCCAAUUCAAAUAGUGUUUAAGGAAAGGAGUUUAGAAAAUCUU